AUGUUUUUUGUCGCCUUAUGCUUGUGCACUAUUUCACUUAAUUAUUUUAGUAAAGCCGAAAAUCCUUUUGGAUUAGGAGUUUAGCUGUUUUUAAUAUUCUUCAAUUGCAUACCGCGCCCAUUACAUGGAAUUAUAUAUAACACAAUUGAAAUACUUGUACUCAUGUAUUUGUAGGAUAUCACCAGAGAUUUCAAUAUGAUGGAUGAAUUACCAUGUAAAAUAUUCCUGCUAGAUAUUAUUGGUAAUUUUAUUCCCUCCGUUCUAGAGUAUACUGGUUUGAUCCCUAUACCAUAUUAUAUUACUGAUUUUAUCAAAUACAACUUAUUUUAUCUAUACAACUUCCUAUACACCUUCUUUUUAGAGGGAGAGUUAAUUAGAUAGAUUAAUAUUGGAGCGAUGUUCUUUAUCAUCUUUAUAGGUUUUGUCAAUUACUGCCGCAAAACAUUUAUACUAAAAGUUGUACAUAAUAAAACAAAAAAAAUAUAUUCGAUGGCUGGAUCUAGUGUAGAAGAUGCUGCAAACUACUUAAUUAUUGAGCAAGAGCAAGUUUUAGUUGCUACUCUGCAUCCUAAAAAAAUAAUUUAGCGCACCUUUAAUAUUCCUGCUAAUUUUGAAUUUGUAGGCUAUGCUAUUCCUUCAAGAAGUGUAGUCUUUUAUGAUAAAUAAAAUUUCUAGUUUAAGAUUUUUGAUUCUAACAACUUUAAGUAGACUUAAAUCAUUUAGAGUGAAGCAAACGUUGCAUAUAUAGUUCAUGCUAGCAAGAAUCUUUUAGCUGUAUUUUCACAGCUUGCAGCUGGAUAAGACGGGACUUUGAUAACUGUUUAUGAUUGUUCGACUGGUUAAUAAACAGUCUCAGUCGGUCUCUCUCAUAAAAUUACUAAAUAAGAAAACCUUUUGAUUUUCGAUAGCUUUGUCAUAGAUCUAGAAAAAACUUCUGAUAAACUAAUUUUUUCCUUUGAAAAGCUCCUUUGCAGUCUAGAUAUUGAAACUAAAGUGAAUGAAUCACUUAGCACUGAUUUCUCUAAUGGUUUCACUAUCAACAAGGUUAAUGAGAGAAGAGUCAUUUUAUGCGGAAAAGAUGACUGGGCUGAAAUGUAUGAUGUACCCACUAAUUAACCUACUACAAUGAGAAAUGUCUUUUUAAGUUAUUCGAGGAUAGUUCCAAUUACAGGUUUAAAUAAUUAUUACUUUGUAGAACCAUGUUGCUCGAAGAAGAAUGUUUAUAUCAUGAAAGGAUUUGGAUAUGAUAUGUAAAUUGUAACAUACUUUUAACUUGGCUAUCCAAAUAUUAUGUAUGCUUCGUACAACAAAGAAACAAAGAGAGUGGUAUUUUUAGAUUCUAAAAAGGGAAUUGUAUAUAAACUACCCUUACAUAUCAACUCAAAAGAUGCACAAAUAGUUUCAAAUGAUUUUGAAGAUAGUAUUGUAGCUCUUGACUGA